UCCCUUCCGGUCAGUCCCGACUAGCGCGCCCGUUUCGAUCCUGAAUUGCUAGCUGGUCUCUGCAGGCUGAGCGCUCCCCAGCGCGGGCUUCUCGGACCGCGGCUAUGGGCUCAGGCAUGGCUCAGCUGGAGGGUUACUACUUCUCAGCCGCGCUGAGCUGCACCUUCCUAGUGUCCUGCCUCCUCUUCUCCGCCUUCAGCCGGGCGCUGCGCGAGCCCUACAUGGACGAGGUCUUCCACCUGCCGCAGGCGCAGCGCUACUGCGAGGGCCGCUUCUCCCCCGCGCAGUGGGAUCCUAUGAUUACUACGUUGCCUGGCUUAUACCUGGUGUCAGUGGGUGUGGUCAAGCCUGCCAGCUGGAUCUUUGGAUGGUCUGAACAUGUCGUGUGCUCCAUUGGAAUGCUCAGAUUCGUCAAUCUUCUCUUCAGUGUUGGCAACUUCUACUUACUGUAUUUGCUUUUCCGGAAGGUACAACCCAGAAAUAAGGCUGCUUCCAGUAUCCAGAGAAUCUUAUCAACAUUGGCACUAGCAGUAUUUCCUACAUUCUAUUUUUUUAACUUCCUGUAUUACACAGAAGCAGGAUCCAUGUUUUUUACCCUUUUUGCCUACUUGAUGUGUCUUUAUGGAAAUCAUAAAACCUCAGCCUUGCUUGGAUUUGGGGGCUUCAUGUUUCGCCAAACGAAUAUCGUCUGGACUGUCUUCUGCGCAGGACACGUCAUUGCACACAAGUUAACUGAAGCUUGGAAAACUGAGCUACAGAAGAAGAAGGAAGAGAAGCUCCCCUCUGUGAAAGGACCGUUUUCAGAAUUCAGAAAAAUUCUUUGGUUCCUGUUAGGGUACUGCAUGUCCUUUAAGAACCUGAGUGUGCUCAUCCUUCUGACCUGGCCCUACAUCCUGCUGGUAUUGGCAUUUUGUGCCUUUGUAGUAGUUAAUGGUGGAAUUGUUAUUGGUGAUCGGAGUAAUCAUGAAGCCUGUCUUCAUUUUCCUCAGCUCUUCUACUUUUUCUCUUUUACUCUCUUUUUUUCCUUUCCCCACCUACUAUCUCCUACCAAAGUUAAGGCUUUUAUUUGUGUAGUUUGGAAACAUAGAAUCCAGUUUCUUGUGAUUACUGCAGUCUCCAUGUUUUUAGUUUGGAAGUUCACUUACGUUCAUAAAUACUUGCUGGCAGACAAUAGACAUUAUACAUUCUAUGUAUGGAAAAGAGUUUUUCAAAAACACGAUAUUAUGAAAUAUUUGUUAGUUCCAGGCUAUCUAUUCGCUGGUUGGAGUAUAGCUGACUCAUUGAAAUCGAAAUCAGUUUUCUGGAAUUUAAUGUUUUUUAUAUGCUUGUUUACUUCUAUAGUUCCUCAGAAACUGCUAGAAUUCCGUUACUUUAUUUUACCUUAUGUUAUUUAUAGGGUUAAUAUACCUCUGCCGCCCACUUCCAGACUGGUUUGUGAACUAAGUUGCUAUGCACUUGUUAAUUUCCUAACUUUUUAUAUCUUUCUGAACAAGACUUUUCAGUGGCCGGAUAAUCAGGAUAUUCAAAGGUUUAUGUGGUAAUAAUAAGGUUGUUUUGAACUUUAAGUCUUAAUGUUUAGACUGUCUCCAAAAGGAAUAACUGAAUAGGUAAAAAUUAUAGAAUUUUUUUAGGUACUACAGUGCGCCUAAGGUCACAGCUGGUAUUUAUGUACAGUACAUUUUAAGCAUGUAUAACAAGUCUGAGGAAGUUCAGUAUAAAGAACUGGGAAAACUCCAGAUCUGGUUCAAAAUCCCAAAUAUUGGGAAAAUAAACAUGUUUACAAAUAUCUCAUCAUAUCUCUGAUACUGUCAACCGUAAAGCUUGGAAGCAUUUUAUAUAUAUAUAAGUUCAAGAAAACUUGGACGCUUCAUAGUAAUAGAACUGCUUUACUAUAUUUUUUCCCCAAAAGGUAGCAAAAUAUUAAAUAUAUUUAAAAUAUUAAAAUACUAAAAAUAUUUACAAGUGAUCAGCCAACAUUCCUGAUUGAAAAGUUGUUUAACAUUUGAGAAAUACAGUUUUAGUCAUAAGUUAAAGCAGAUUUGUGUAAGUAGUAAAUUGCAAACAGGUUUACCUAGGAAUCAAAUUGGUUUUUGUUUAAAAUCUACAAAUGAGAAAACUGUACCACUGAUUUCCAAUAUGACAUGUAGGAAGGCUGGAAAUAAAUGAUGUUAAUUAUAAUACCUUUUAAAGAAAAAAAAUUUUUCCUGAAAUACAUUACUACAUUAGUUUCCUAGGGUUUGCUAUAACAAGUGACCAUGAACUUGGUGACUUCAAAAAGUUCCUCACGUUUGUACAGACCAGAGUCUGAGUCAGAGUAUUAUAGGGAAGGUUCUUUUGGGAAGCUCUGAGGGGAGGACCCACCCAUUGCUUCUCCCAAUCAGGGGCCAGGCUGAACUUUCUUGCUUAUUGACACAGUAAUAAGCCAAUCUCUCCCUCCAUGUUUCCAUGGCCACCUCCUGUGUCUCUGCCCAGCUCCUGUAAGGACAAGGCCAUUGGAUUUAAAGCACUUUAUCCCAAGUGAUCUCAUCCAAGAUCCUUAAUUAUAUCUACAACCAAUCUCUGAAGACUCCUUUUCCAAGUAAGGUCACAUUUGUAGGUUCUGGAUAGGUGUCUUUGUGGGAGAAAAAGGAACGUAAGGUUUUCGGAGAUAACACUUUUAAAUACAAUUUUCUUUCAUUGAGAAAUUUGAAAAAAAAAAAGUGACUUCUGAGGUUCCUUCCAUAAAUGGAAAUCAAAUUGGUAUUUGCGUCCCUCAUCCAAAUAUAUUAGAAUUAAAAGUUGAGAAGUCAUUUGACCUAACUUUAUAGAUUAGGGACUACCUGCUGGGUAGGAUUGUGUGUGUGUGUGUGUGUGUGUGUGUGUGUGUGUGUGUGUGUGUGUGGACUCCAUGCUCACUGUUUUCAGUGCAUCUGUUGUGUGAUCAUCAUUCCACUGCAGGAAAUUGUAUUUUGAGGCAUGUUAACUUUGACAUGGUAAACUAGGAACUGUGAAUAGAACUUUUAACUUAAAUUUAUAUUUCUAAGAUUUUUAAAAAACAGCUAUAAGCAAAUUACUUUCCCUUCAGUGUUGGAUUAUGCUUUCUCUGGGCUUUAAACAGUAGAUUUGGAUUUGAAUAAAUAGUGGAUUCUUCAUUUGCAAAUAUUAGAUUGUGUGCAGGUAAAAAUUACAGGCUUUUGAGAACUUAGUACACUGAUUCGGUUAUAACAGCUGGACAGAUAUUUUUUACCUAGACUUCUUUUUAAUAGAAAGAGAAAGCAUAGUCAAAGAAAUAAUGCUUUUACCACAAAUUUAUUGUAAUGGAGAAGCAAAUCUAAGAAGCCAAAACAGAAAAAAAUGCAACUUAGGAAAAACGACUUCCUUGAUUGAUGGAACUAAUGCAAGUCUUGAUGUUUAGAAGUAUUUUUAAAUGGAAAAAACUUUCCACUUUAACUUCUCUGGCAAAAAGGAAAAAACCACUUUGUCCCCGUAUAACUGAAGAAGACUGCUUUUGGAAGAGUUCACUGUUUCAGUUCAUUUUUAAGUGAUGAGUCACUUCCACUUUAGGAAAUGUUUUGGAAAAUAAGAGGAAAAGGGUUAAUCUUCAUUUUUGUUCUUCAUGUAGAUUUUGACAUUUUAGAAAAGAAUGCUAUGAAUUAAAUGCUGAGCAAAUACGUAUUUUUAUAAUAGGAUAUGAUUUCAAGAUCAUUGCUAUUUAAAUUAUUUUUCAAUAACUAUCAUUUUAAAACAAGGAGUCCUAAUAAUAUUUUUGUGUUUAAAAUACAAGUUUUGUUUACAUUUUUGUGGGCAAUUAGAAGAUGGCCAUUGACUGGUGGACUUCCCAGGAUUUUUAACAGAUUAAAUAUGUGAGAAAUACACAGGGUUAACACAGUAGAUUAUAUUGCCUUUAGUUCAGAAUCUGAUUCCAAACUCAUUCCUGUGAAGUCAUUGUACUUGAGAAAACUGAGACUAGCUAUUCCUAAUUAUUUCGAUCCUAGUUUUACACACAAUGUAAAUUGUGUUUGUGUUUUGAACUUUUUCCAAGGAUAAUGGAGUAAAUUUUUAUUGUGAGUUUUAAAAAAUUAUUCGAAUCGCUUGAUGAAAAAACGAUUAUGAAAAAGAUAUACUUCCUUGCUAGAGAGCCUGGGGAAUUUGCAGUCACUGUUACUGGUCUGAGCAUCAUGAGAAGAUUGGGUCCACAAAUUGUUGUAUGCGAAGUAAUCAUUUUCAGUGAGUUCUACCUUAGGUGAGAUUGUACAGACACAAUGUUAUCUGUAGAUAGUAAAGUUCCGAUGUAUUGUGUGCUUCCUCACAUCGCCGUUUUCUUUGGAUACCCUUACGCCUUUUAUAACUGGAUCCGAUUAUGUAUUUAAAUGGUUUGAAAAUACGGUGUUCCUUACUGUAAACAUAGCAUCAUGGCAAGAGAAAUAAUUUAAUUCUCUGGCCACGUUGUCCUAUUAGAAUCACUUCUGGAAUGUACAUAGCCUGUCAUAAAAUCCCUUAACAUAAAUCACUUAUUCCUAAUAAAUAGCUUCACAUAGAAUGUAUUUCUAAUUAGAAGUUAAUUGCCACUUGUCAUUAUUUUCUCAUAUUCAUCUGGAGAGAAGAGAAGGGAUCUCGUAGUUCUUUAUACCCCUUAAAUGGACUAUUAUUUUGGAUCCACUUUUCAAUAAAAUGUGUCACAUAAAUAAAGUCAUGUUUAUUAGCUGAAAAUGCAUUAUCUUUGAAGCAGUUACAAUUUUAUUAAAUAAUAAAACAAGAACGAUACAAGUAUGAAAAAGGUUUAAGUGGAAAUUAUUAUGAAUUAGUAGAUACAGGCGUGUAGAAAGUGCAUUAGCAUGGGGAUUACCAUGUCAGAUUAUUGCUGUUUAAAAUACGAAAUGUAGUUUUCAGUCAUUAAGUUAUAGGAACAGUAGAACUUUGAUGGUUUAUAAGACUUUAAAAGGAAAAGAAAUGCCAACCAAUUACACAUAUUUUGUGUUUUUUUAGGCUGUACUUAUUACUCCAGGAAUAACUGGUAAUUAUUUUUUCUUUGUGAUACUUUGUAUAUAUUUAAAUGCUAGUGACACACAUUUCGAAUAUACUAAGACGUAGUUGAUAAAAUAAUAAUAAAAUGGAUAGGUAUAAAAUACGUUUUUAAACAUACCCACGAAUUCAAAAAUAAAUUCUUUAUGAUUUGAGAAUUAUUUGUAGGGUAAGAAAUUUUGUCACAGUAAGGUAACCCAAUGAUAUCCUAUAAUGUGCUGUUUUUUAAAAAAUGAGCUUUUGAUGAAUUUAAUGUUAAUUUUAUUUUCAUUCAGUCCAUCACCUUUAUACCAAAAGAAGAUAGUGUACUUUUCCAACAAGAACAGUAUUAAAGCAUUGGGUUGGCUUUGCCUCCUGAAACCCGAGCGGUUCAUCUGAGCCGUGUCUUUGUGCAGACAGCACGAACAAGAUGAGAGAGAAAGCAGAAGUGAUAAUGGCGGGUGCCCUUGUCUGUUGAGUACCUGGAAUGGUUUGGAUGUUGUGCUGCCUGAUUUACAAAUACUCUCGUUCGAUUCCACUCAUGCCUGUGUUGUAGAUGUUGAUUUCUACAUAGCUGGAAAACCUAAAGGUCAAGCAUAUUUGGUGAUUUGCUCAAAAUCCACUCUGACUUUAAAUGAAUAGGUUGACCUGACUCCCCAACCUACGAGUUUUUGAUUAUUUUCCUGGGCCAUACUGUGAAAGUUUUUCAUUAAGAGAAAUAAAAGAAUAUGGAAAGCGUUGAUAAUCUGUCUUUACUCUGCACUUGCCAAAUCCUUUAUGGCGUAUUAUUUUGUGUCAGAUGUAGUUGUUUCUAAAAAAUGCUAGCAAUGGUUGGAAGGAGCUUGAACAAAAUGGUGAGAGUUCGUAAUUUUGUGGCAAGAUAAAUGGUUAAAAGAGUAUGUGUUUACAGAAAUUUAGUAACUCAAUAAGCUCUCAUAUGAAGAAUAAUGAUUUGAAGGGAUUAUCAUUGUCCCAUAUUGACUGAAGUAUAAAUCAGGGGUCAACAGAUUUCUACUCAUGGAAAACCAAUUUUCUAAUUGCUUACUUGCAGAGAAAUAGACCCCUAGAAAUUAAAUUUGCUAUUUAUUGAAGGAAAAUUUGUGUUUAUCAGAGAUUCUUUAGUAGAUUCCAAUAGCAAGUAGGGGGGGUGAAACAGCUGUCAAAGAGGUCUCGCUACUACUGCGAUUUUGUGUUCAUAAAUUUCUUACAGAUUACUAUUUGCACUAAUUGAGAAGUCAUGGAGAAUUAUUUCUGGUGGUUUGCAUGCUGUCCCUGAUAUAUUUUAAACUUCUGAACAAAGCUACUAUAACUCUGAUCUUAUGUUUUACAAAUAAUUGAGAUACACAGCCUGCUAAUAGGUACUGUAGUUAUGUUUCAGUGUAUUAGUGAGAUAUAUUUUUAGUCCUACAUAUCAGUGGAAAGAAUAUGAAUGAAAAGGUUUAGUUCCCUAGUGAUAAAGAGAGCAAGCUCUUAUAAAGAUUUCCAGUUUAGUGUUCACUAGGUGGUGAUAUUGUGCCACAUUUUGAAGUGUUACUGUAAUUAAACUUUGAAUUAACUUUUUUAUACUUUUGUAUUGUUAUAUUAUCCAUGUCGAUUAUGCUGUUAUUGAAAAUGAUUUGAGUUGUAUGAAACUAUAAACUAAAUGUAAAAGACCUUUUUUGUAUUUUGUAAUCACAUGAGAUGAUAAACCUUGUGCACUUGUCCAUAUGACACUGUUUGCUUCCUGAGGCAUUAGAAUCUUUUUCUACAGACAAGUGGUGAACAUGGCGAGUUGGAAAACUGGUGUAGCAUUGUGUUGGCCACAGUGUUCAGUGCUUUACCCACUUUUUCUCAGUUAAUUCUCCUGACAGCCUUGCGAGAUUAGUACUGUUGUUAAUAGUACCGUACGCAUCAAGAAAUUCUGCUGAGUAUUUGCCCAAGGUUGCAGCCUAACUGGCUGAGCUGGGACUUAUGAUCCAGAAGCCUACACAGACCCCACUGUUUUUAACUGCUGGGCUCUUACUCAGGGAGAAGUGCGCAAAGGCCACGUGUGGCACUUUAGAAGGAAGAGUUGUCAUGAAUACAGCUAUACUGCUUAGCUUCCCAGGUCACAAAAAUGAGCACCAUAUGAAUUUUGGCUCCUCUAGAAGCAAAUAGUGCCUCAUUUACUAUUGUAUCCUCCAUUUGUGUUUUGGCAGUGUCUCAAGUGGGUGUAUGUGUAUACUUGAAAAUUUAAGGGAAGGAAGAAAUCAAGGCUUUGGCCAUGUUCAUGCUCACAGAAGUAAUGACUGUUCUUACCAAUUGGAGGAGUGCAGUUGUUUGAAAACAGUUUUCUAUAGAGACAUUCACUUGGAAGCAAACUGUUAGUUAAACAUGACAUUUUGGGAUAUUUUUGUAAAAUUCUGGCUGAGUUACCUUGAUCUUUUAUUUUAAAAAAUAUAUGAAUAUAUGCUCUAAAAUUUGAAAAACAUUUUACAUUUUGUCAGAUACUAGACUCUUAAGAGUUGUUUGUCUUCUAAAAUUAUACUGUGAGUUCAUGUGAUUUUAAAUUGUUUUUUGAGUAAACCUGUUCUUUAUAAGAAUAAAACAGUUUUUCCCUUUUAAA